AUGACCUCUAUGAGGAAUGGCAGAUGCAGUGCUCAAGGAUCCCAGAUCAGAGUGGACUGCAUGAAGGAGUGUGGGUUCUCAGAUGCGGUCUGCGUGGAAGAGAUGUUGGCCCGGUGGGAAGUAUCGGAAGUGUGGCGGGAGGCAUUCCACAGAAAACCGCCUAAAGAAAACCCCAACAGUUUUGCUAAUAAUGAAAAUAACCUACAUUUUUUAAAUAUUGCUAAUAAUAAUAAUAAAGAAGAUGAAAAUAACCUAGAUUUUAGUAUAAUGUCUGAUAAGCCAUUAUGCCCAGUAUUUUCGGACUCUGUUGAAGUGGUUCGUAAUGAAAGAAUAACAGCAGGAAACAUCCAUGCCAUAGUAGCAAUAUUAGAUUUGAUUUCUCAGACAUGCUUUAUGGAAGAAAAAAAGGAUUUUCUAAGGACAAGGAUGCAAUCCUGUGUGGAGGUCUUAUCGAAUGAAGUAAAUGAUACAACACUGGUCCUAUCAAAUGAAGUAAAUGAUACAACACUGGACUUAUCAGAUGAAGAAAAUAAAGAAGCACUGCAAUCACUACACUUUUACGCUCAGUCUUCCACUGCAAAAACUCUAGGUCAUGCAAUACAAUCUCCAUCUCCAUUAACCCACAGCGCUUAUCCCCUCUCUUUUCUUGAGCCCUCUGGUAUGUUCUCUCUGUCUGUAACAUCUGUUCACGACCUGUUUGUUUCCAACGCUUUCAACCUUUUAACAAUUAUUGAGACCUGGCUAUCUUCCUCUGACACUGCUUCCAUUGCUGCUCCGAUCACAUUUACUUUUGAUUACAUGGCAAUGGCAAACCAUAUUCUUAACUCCUCCGCAAUUCCUAACUGGCAGUUUGUGCCUGAAAAAAAUACCAGUUGGGUACUAUUAAGUUCACUCCACAAACUUGCAUUAAGUUUGGUCGACAAUAUUUUUUCAUCAAACCUUAGUAUUUACCAAGACUUCCUUUAUCUGAAAGCUCAAAAGGUCAAUAAGGAUUCAGAUUUCACAUUUCAGUUUAACAGCUCUGGACAAGCUGUCAGUGGUGAGAUAUUAAUUAAUAAAGAAAGGCAAGAGGAUCUUUCUGAUGCGUCUGCUGUCAGUAUUGCUUUUCCAACCUUCGGAAAAAUUUUGCCCACUGAAUCAGAAAAUGUAAGUGUAAAUGGACUAGUGAUGUCUGUGGUGUUAAGAGGCAAUCUAACAAAUAUUCUUCUGAGAUUUGAGAAAAUCAAUAAGGAACCAAACAUUAUCUCAGUCUGCACUGCAUGGGAUGAAGAAAAGAAAAAAUGGACACAAAAUGGCUGCCAAACACAAGAGGAGACCAAAGACUACACUCUGUGCAGGUGCAAUUAUUCUGAAGACUUUUUAUCAUUCUCUGUUUUGAUGUCACCAAAAUCAAAAAGUAGUAUUACUCUUUACUACAUCUCAGUUAUAGGUCUGUGUAUAUCCAUUUGUAGUUUGAUUCUCUGUUUAAUUUUCGAGGCUAUAACCUGGAAACACGUAACAAAACACAAAACUGCGUAUAUGAGGCAUGUUGCCAUAGUAAACAUAGCUGUUUCACUGCUUAUAGGAAAUACCUGGUUUAUUGUGAGCACUAAAGUUUACAAGGCAAAUACAUCAACCCCUUGUAUAGCGGCCACGUAUUUUAUUCACUUGUUUUACCUUUGCGUGUUUUUUUGGAUGCUCGUACUAGGAUUGCUGAUCCUAUACAGAAUUGUGUUUGUAUUGCAUGAUAUGAGUAAAUGCAAGAUGCUUUGGAUAGCCUUUACAUUAGGCUAUGGAUGCCCAUUGUUAAUAUGCGCCCUGACAGUAGCCAUUACUUUUACGGAAGAGGGUCAUCCAUAUACGAGGAGUGACACCUGCUGGCUCAACUGGGAUGAAUCUAAAGCGCUCCUGUCGUUUGUUAUUCCUGUGCUGGCUAUUAUUGGUGUAAAUGCCUUGAUUGUGCUGGUUGUUAUCAUCAUUUUGCUGAGACCUUCAAUAGGUGAAAAUCGAAGGACACAUGAAAGAAAUUCUCUUCUUCAAGUGGGAAGAUGUGUUGCUAUCCUUACUCCUCUAUUAGGACUUACGUGGGGAAUUGGAAUUGCAACAAUGAUUGAAAAUAGCUCAGAAGUGUUUGCUUACAUAUUUACCGUACUAAAUGCCCUACAGGGUUUAUUCAUAUUGGUAUUUGGAACUUUAACAGACACAACUAUAGGUGGGAACUGA